ACAUACAUAUAUACAGUGUGAGAAAGUCAACAUAACCCAACGUAACGAUACGAGUGUCAAUACGAGAUUUUACAAUCAAAUUAAAAUAGUUUAAAAAAUGGCUCUAAAGCGGAAAAUAAUGCAGGAUGAUUUAAGGAAAGCAAUGAGUGAACACAAAAAGAAAAAGACCACGACAAAGAAAAUAGAAUCACCAUUGGCUAAAUAUACUGAUGCAGGACAACUUAUGUGCGUUCUUUGUAAAACAAUUGUAAAAAGCGAAGUUGUUUGGUUUGUGCAUUUGAACUCGAAACUGCAUAAAGAAAAUAUAGCCCUUGCGAAAAAGACAAGGUUAGAACCAGAAACAGUUCCCAAAACAAAUGAACCUUCUCUAAAACGGCAAAUCCCUUCUGUUACUGAAGAUCAACCAAAUAAGAAAGUAAAGGGGAUAUUAAAAAAUGUAAACCAAACACAGGAGCCGACACAAAUAAGUUUACCUCCAGACUUUUUCGACAAACCUCCUACUUUAGCAAUUGUUAUUGGCUCAAAAUCCACAACUGCUGUUUCACUGAAGAAAUCAGAAAAGCAAAAUUCUAACGAUGAACUUGAAAGUAAAAAAAUUGAUAAUGAAAAUGAAAAGUUGAAGAAGAAGGAGGCAAAUCAACCACCACUUCCCGAAGGGUUUUUUGAUGAUCCAAUUUUAGAUGCUAAGGUUCGAAACGUGGAAUACAAGGACCCUAUAGAGGAAGAAUGGGAAAAGUUUCAAAAGGAAAUAAAGGAGGAAACUGCUCAAUCUGCUCAAAUAAUAGCAGAUGAUCAGGAGGAGGCUACAACAGAGCGUCAAAUUGAUGAGAUCGAAGAACAAAUUCGCCACUGGUCCAGAGUUAUGGAUCUUGUAAGGUGGAAGGAACAGGUGCAGGCUGCUGAGAAGAAGAAAGAAUCCGUUGACGAAAACGUGUCCAGUGGAGAUGAAUCCGAGUUUGAUGAAUUUUUGGAUUGGCGAGCAAAAAAUUCAUAUUAAUAAUACUCUACAGAUAUUAUUAUUGCUGUUAAAUUAUUAAUAAGCACAAUACAGCUCUGGAAACUGCUCCGAUCAUUUGCUUCCAAAAGUUUUUAAGACGAUGUAAGUAUUGCUCCUAAAAAUUUCUAAUGCGAUGUAUUACCUUUCGAAUGCUUCCUACUCGCCGUGAUAAGUUAUAAUUUCCUUUUAUACCACUUAAAGAUCACUUAUUUUACAUACUUCUGCUAUCGUAUGAAAAAGAACAGGGAUAACGGUAUUCAGAGGUACUCUUCAUCCGUGUAUGACGAUUUUAUUAAAAUGAAUUGAAAGAGUCAUAAUUGUAUUAAGUUAGUAAGUACAAUGGAUACAGGUAAUUCAUUAUCUCCCAUAAGCUAUAUACGAAAUGUAUAAUAUAAAGACUACGAUAUAGGCUAAGCUGAUAGGAUAUAGGUAGUACUUUAUAAUAAAAGGUAAUUCGACAGUA